AAACGGAGGAAGGAGACGACGCGCCGGCUGAGGUAAGAGGAGCAGGAAGAGAGACUCAAAGGGCAAAAGGGAGGCGGGGCGGGACUCAUUCUUCUCUCUUCUCCGGCGGUCUUCGUCGUCUCUUCCUCUUCGCUUCGGGAACAUGGAAUCGACAGAAGCGCCUUCCGUCGCCGUCGUCAAAUCGCAAGUAGUGGAAGACGCGAUCGGAUCAACCGCGGAUGUUUCCCAACCGCUGUCACAUGAGUUCGAUUCGUUACGAGUUGCUGGAUGUUCCGAUGACGUUGCUGUUGUAUCGGAGAUACCGUGUUUGCCCCCGUCAGAUGAUGAUUUUGACCACGGGGAGGAUCGCGAUCAGGAUCACGGCGAUAACGAUGUUGUUGUUGUUGUAGUUCCCAAGGAUGAUGAGUUGAAGCAGAAGAUCAUUAGACAGGUGGAAUACUACUUUAGUGACGAGAACUUACCUACUGACAAGUUUCUUCUCAAUGCUAUGAAGAAGAACAAGAAAGGCUUUGUUCCCAUAUCUACCAUUGCUACAUUCCAUAAAAUGAAGAAGCUUACACGAGACCAUGCUUUCAUAGUAUCCGCGUUAAAGGAGUCUUCAUUUCUUGUUGUUAGUUCGGAUGAGAAGAAGGUGAAGCGUCGAAGUCCUCUUCCUGAGGUCAGGGAUCCAAAGAUUUUCACUGUUUUGGUAGAAAAUUUGCCUGAGGAUCACUCAGACGAGAACAUUCGUGCCAUAUUUGGUAAAGCUGGAAGCAUCAAAAGUGUAUCCAUAUGUGAUCCCAAUGCUGUUGAAGAAUCAGAGAAGGGUUGUAAGAAGGAUAAAUUUAUCAGAACCAGGUUACAUGCCUUUGUGGAAUAUGAAUCAGUGGAGGCUGCUGAGAAAGCGGCAGCUACACUAAAUAACGAGCAAGACUGGAGAAAUGGGCUGCGAGUUAAGCUUCUUGAACAAACAGGAAAGUUUGCACAGAGGCGACCAGGUAGGAAAGAAGUCGAUACAGUGAAGGACAAUACAGGCCAAGUGCAUGAUCAAAUUGGGGGUGAGGAGAACAAAAAGUCAAAUGAACAUCAGCAUCACCGUCACCAUCAUUCUGAUACUCCGGCUGAUAAUGAUAGUGGAGAUAAAAAUGGGAACAAAACCAGAAGUCGGGGACGGGCAAGGCGACAGAAUAAUCAAGGCGGCAACGGACAUGGAAGUUCACCAUCAACCUCAUCGUCUCUUCAUCAUUAUUAUCAUCAUCAUCACAUUGAGGUCUCAAAGCCGCCGCCUGGCCCAAGAAUGCCUGAUGGGACGAGAGGGUUCACAUUGGGGCGUGGUAAACCGCUUCCUGCUCCCACAUCUGCUCAAACCAGUCACGAAGCUUGAUGGGUUUCUCAUCUAUGUUGUAUCAUUGUGUGCUCUUAAAAUGUGAAACAUGCAAGUUAUGAGAAAUGGGAUGUUGUGUGGGAUUUGAGUUUCCUUUUUGCAUAUUCAAGUCCUCUGAAUCCUCACUAGCUUUUCUAAUGAAUCCAUUUGAUGACUUCA